CUGCUUCAACCACUUCCCAGCUAUUAUUCGCCUUUUUCAGCAGAAUUCACACAGAAAACAAAAGCAACACACAACUUGAGCCGGCUGCAACAUGUUUCGUCUUGUCUGUUCCCGUCCGUCGGGCUGUCAGCAGCACGAAACCUUACAACAGUUCCCAGCACUCGCGCGUCAGCUUCGCACACGAAGAUUGACAGGUCGUAAAAGCGAGGCAAACUUUGUUUUCAUUUGCCGUCUUCUCCACAACACACAACAAGCCCACAAAGCAAGCGCGUCCGUACAAUCAGUGCAGGGAGCAGGAAAACAACAGUGCCACCCAGCAAAUGGAGCUAUAGUCCAUUUGGUUUUUGGCGUUCUGUUUUGUGACACUUCCCUUCUCCGCUUGCCGCAUUCCAGACCCUUGACGAAAAUGACGAAACGCAACGCCUGGUCACGGGCGGAAACGGCCGAGCUGCUCGACAUCAUACGGACGAGCUGCGUGUCCUUCCUGGACGGUACCAUCAACAACCGGAAGGGCCAGAUGUACCGCCAGAUCGAGUACGAGAUGCAACGGCGCGGCGGCACCGGAGCGAAUCGGGACGCCCGCCAGAUCGAGCACAAGUGGAAGAACCUCAAGUUUGGCUACGAGCGGUACAAGAGCGAGCUGGAGCAGCACGCAGCGAACGACAGCAAAUCCUGGCUGUCCACCCUGAAGCCGUGCGAGUUUUACACGGAGCUGGAGGAGCUGUUCAGUGUGGUGGAGCAGCGGACCGCCACCGCGGUCGUCAGCGGCAGCCCGGAGGUGGAAACGAUCGUCGGAAUCGAAGGUGUUACGUACUAUGAUGAAGAAUUUGUCACCGAAGAAGGACAGGAACUGGCGGUGGAUGAUGACACGGUCGUGAUUGAGGAGAUUGUGUACGAUUCACAGGAUGCGAUCGAGUUUGAAGAACCCGUCGCCGGUCCGAGCACCUCGAAAGCCUCGUCUGCCCCGCUACAGCCAGCCCAGCCGGCCGCCCCGAAGCGCAAAAAGCUGACGGCGGAAAACAUGGACGGCCUGCUGUUGCGGAUUUGCGAAAUGCAGAAGCAGCACAACGACACGUUCAACCGCAACCAGAUGGAGUACAUCGAGAACGAGUUCGAAACGUUCCGCGAGCGCGAGCGGGAACAUUUGCUCCAGCUGAAGCUCGAUCUGGAGGUGUUGAAGCAAAAGUUUCUCGCCCGAAUACAGAAGAUUGCCAUCGGUGAGGGUGGGGCGAACGAGGCGGUGGAAGAGACGGUGGUGGGGCACGAAGCGAAACGGCGCCGCGUUGGGACCGGUGCUGGCAGGCGGAAGUAGGCCGCCCCGAGGGAGGGUUGUAAUGAGGGCUGUAAUGGUAAAGCAAACAAAUUAAUACUAAAGGACAGAUGAGGGACGUAAAUGCGAAUUCGAAAGAUGAUCAUGUAAUAAGUACGAGAAAUACAUAAAAUGCAACUUUUUUUUAGUAUAAAACACAAUAAAUAUUAGUCUGCAAAAUGAAGGACAUUUUCGAACUGUAAAACUUCCUCGAAAUAUGAUGAAUCACAUCAAAGGCAAUUUCGAAAAAUCUUCAGCCAGUUUCCUAAACUCGAUCGAAAACCCCAUGGUAUCCUUGGCAACUACCGUCCUUCUUUGAUCGAGUUUAGCAUUUGAGCUGUGGAGUCUGCUCUGCGAUCGGGCUUCGUUACAACAAUUAAACAUUUCUUUCUAAAACCAAACAAACAAAAAAGAAAAACACGUCAAAUCACAUUUUCGAUCUGAUUUUUAUUAUCACUUGCCUUCAUCCAAACCAAACAAUCGCCAUACCAUUAUUUUAUACCAUUUUCGCUUCACCACACAAAACAUACCCCUCCUUUCCUUCCGUAUGUUUUGUGUGCUACUUCUAUCUCCCUCUCUCUCUCGCUUUCUCUCGUUUUCCAUUCCAUUUGUAUCGUUUUCCUCUAUACUUUUGUGAUGACAACUGACCUCUCCGCCCCCUUUCAAUUACAUUACACAUUCCUGUUCGUUUCUUGAUUUUGUUUUGUUGUGUGUUUGUUUGUUUGCUUGUUUGCAUUUGAAUAAAGAGUAAGUUUUGUUAUUAGUUCUGUAAUUUGUUUUGUAUUUGUUUUUUUUACUAGUUGUUUUCUUCUUUUUUUGUAUCUUUACUAUACUUUUUACUCUGCUUACUCUUUGCAUCUCUCUUUCUCUCUCUCUCUCUGUUUGCUUUUUACAGGCCUUGUUUGCACAUGCACAACGUGUGUUCACUUGUUUCAUUUUAUUCUCUUUCCUGCUCUUCUCUCUUCGCCUUUCUGCGGAAUUUAUUCCUCAUUUGCAACACACUCUCUCUCUCUUUUUCCUUUCCGCUCUCUCUUUCUCUCUCCCUUAAGUCUUUAAUAAAAACGUCGUAAGGUGUGUGUUGUUGUGUUUCAUAUUUGUUAGACCUAUUAGUUUAUAGAUUUUUUUUCCUUUACAGUACACGAUCCCCUUCUUCUUUCUCCUGCCUUCGUUUCUCCUUUCCCAUCUUACAUUUUCAUGUAAGCAUUCCUACGCCAAACCCGGGACACAAGUAUCA